UGUUUAUGCCAACCAAGUUUUAGGAUUAUGUGUUUUCAUCAAUAUUCUGUUUUUGUCAUAAAAUAUUAAUUCCUUCUUAAAAAAUAUAUACAACAAAAUAAUACGGAUCCGAAUUUAUUAUAGUGCUUUCUUCAUGUUUCAUUGUUAUAAACAUACUAAUAUUUGCAUCGUUUAACCUAAUAAACUGUUAUUACACACAUUCUUUCGUUACGUCCUUUAAAAAUAUAUUAAUUAUAGUGUUAAUGAAAUUAUAACUUUAAGUUUAAUAAAAUCAGUCAUGUGUCUUGUUUAAAAUAAGUAACAUAUUAAAACGAAGUGAAAACAUUUAUUAUUAAAAAAUGAGUGAAAGUGCACUAAUUAAUGAUGUGCCUGAAAGUAAUGGUGGAUCAGAACAACCCAUUUACAAUGGAGAAACUGAGGAACAUACGAACAAAUCACCUGGAAGCGGAGAAGAUAAAACACCUGAUUCGAUAUGUGAUAAUGGAGUUAAAAAAAAUAAUACAGCUUCUGCUGUUGCAAGUAAUACUACCAAUACAACUAAUAGAGCUAAAAAGAGGAAGAAAAUUCCAAGAGAUGCCACUGCCCCUAAGCAACCUUUAACUGGUUAUUUCAGAUUUUUAAAUGAUCGACGAGAAAAAGUAAGGACUGAAAACCCUACUCUAUCAUUUGCUGAAAUCACAAAACUUCUUGCUUCAGAGUGGAGUACUCUACCUGCUGAUCAAAAACAGCAAUAUUUAGAUGCAGCAGAGCAGGAUAAAGAACGAUAUAAUCGUGAAUUUAGUGAUUAUAAACAGACAGAAGCGUACCGAUUAUUCAGCGAAAAACAAUCUUCAGAAAAACAAGAAAAUAAAAAGGAAAGAAAUGGAACUGAUGUAAAUUCAGAGCAAAAUGAUAUUCAACAAGAUAAAGAUAAUGACUUCACAGGUUUUGAUAUACCUAUUUUUACAGAGGAAUUUUUGGAUCAUAAUAAAGCAUGUGAAGCUGAAUUAAGACAAUUAAGGAAAGCUACAUCAGAUUAUGAAGCUCAGAAUGCGGUGCUGCAACGACACGUAGACAGUUUGUAUGCAGCUGUAAAUCGUUUAGAAUCUGAAACAAACCAACAACACACGACUAAUCAAGCUUUACAGCGUCAUUUGGAUUCUCUUCGUUCACAAUUAGCAAGUUGUUUUGCUUCAGUACCUCUACCAGGUACGAACGAAGGUGCAACAUUACAAAAUAUUGAUAAUUACGUUGAAAGACUUGAAUCGUUACUGACUGGCAAUGUCGAACAAUCUUUGCGAAACGCUGUACGUAACGCUGUAUCUCGCCUUGAAUUAAUUGGAUGACGAUCGCCUCCCGGUAGUACAACUACUACAUCAAUAAAACACCAUCGUUCAAGGCACUCACAUCGAAAAUAAAAAAAGUGAUUGUGUUCUUUUCUACAUACUUCGUAAAAUAUAAUUUCCUUUUUUAAUUGCGUAUACUCUAUAUUAUUCAUCUAUAUCAUAGAUCUUGCGUAUAGUUUAAUAAUAACGGUAUAUCUUUAUAUAACAAUAAUUUUCUAUCCAAUAUGAUUUUAAAAUUAUGCCUUAUUUUUUAAAUAAAUAUAAUUUAUGAGGUAUAAUUGCAUAGAGUUAUGUAUACAGAUGCAAUUAUUCGUUUGUGUAAUUUACAUGUACCUAAUCAAUUCGUAGCAUAAUAAGGAAGUAUCAUUAUGAUACUCUCAGACAUUUAUUAAUAAAUUUUUUAAACUUA